AACUGAAUUACUCACUUUCCCUUUGUCCACAGAGAGAUGCCUGUUCCCAAGUCCCUUCCCAAAAGACUUAAAUAAAGCUUCACAAAAGCCCUCAGCUUUUAUUUCUUUGUCUGCCAUUAGAAUGCCAUAAAUAUAACCCACUUUACUUGCUUUUCUCCCAUAUCCCCACUUGACACCUCCACCCUCCCUCUCACUCUCUCUCUCUCUAGACUGUAGUUAGAGAGAGAAUCAACACUCCGGUCAUUUUCCGGCAAUUGCUUUCAUCUCGCCACUUUACUCACCUCUGUCAUCGACUCUCUCCACGAAUAUAGGUUGAUAUUUUGCUUUCAAACUCACCCACAGAACCUGAUUCUCCUUCUGAUUUCUGCAAAAUCUCAACUGGGUUCUUAUACAAACCCCAUUUUCCCAUCUUCGCAGUGCUCAAAUCCCACAAAAACGCAUCAAAAACAGAGAAAGUCUCUACCUUUAACCAAACGAAAACAUGAUCAGUUUCACAGACCUGUACCACGUCCUCACCGCCGUUGUGCCGCUGUACGUGGCCAUGAUCUUAGCCUACGGCUCCGUGAAAUGGUGGAAGAUCUUCAGCCCCGACCAAUGCUCCGGCAUCAACCGCUUCGUCGCUCUGUUUGCAGUUCCUCUGCUCUCCUUCCACUUCAUCUCCACCAACAACCCCUAUGCCAUGAACUACAGGUUCAUAGCGGCUGACACGCUUCAGAAAGUCAUCGUCCUGUUGGUCCUAGCCGUGUGGUCGAGAACCAGCGCCAGAGGCUCUCUCGAGUGGUCCAUCACUCUUUUCUCCCUCUCCACUCUGCCCAACACUCUGGUCAUGGGGAUACCCCUUCUGAAGGGCAUGUACGGUGACGCCUCCGGCAGCCUCAUGGUCCAAAUCGUCGUCCUCCAGUGUAUCAUUUGGUACACUCUUAUGCUGUUCCUCUUCGAGUACAGGGGCGCUCGCCUCCUCAUUGGUGAACAGUUCCCGGACACCGCCGGCUCCAUCAUUUCCUUCAGGGUCGAUUCCGACAUCAUUUCCUUGGACGGAAAAGAGCCGUUGCAGACAGAGGCCGAGGUCGGAGAAGACGGGAAGCUCCAUGUCACUGUCAGAAAAUCGACGAGCUCUCGCUCCGAAAUAUACUCCAGAAGAUCCCACGGACCCAACUCCGGCGUGUCCUUAACCCCAAGGCCUUCUAAUCUCACCAAUGCUGAGAUUUACAGCCUUCAGUCUUCGCGAAACCCGACUCCCAGAGGCUCCAGCUUUAACCACACUGAUUUCUACUCCAUGGUGAACGGGAAAAACAUGAGCAAUGCGAGUCCGAGGCAGUCGAAUUACGGGAAUGUGGGGUUUGAUGAGGAGGCUAGAGGAGUUGGGGGGCCCAGAGGAGCAGCAAAUGUGGGGAGUUUGGGGUAUCCGGCGCCUCCCAGUGCCGGGAUAUUCUCUCCGGUGACCGGACCCGCCGCUGGGGCAAAGAAGCAACCCAAUGGCACCGAUGGUGGCAAAGACCUACACAUGUUUGUUUGGAGCUCAAGCGCUUCGCCUGUGUCGGAAGGAGGCAUUCAUGUUUUCAGAGGAGAAUAUGGCAAUGAACUUGCUGGGGUUGCUGCUCUCCACAAAGAUUAUGAUGAGUUUGGCCGAGAUGAGUUCAGCUUCGACAACAGGCCGGCUUCAAACGGGGCUGAUCGGGAAGGUCCGGUGCUUUCCAAGUUGGGUUCGAGCUCCACCUCUGAACUCCACCCCAAGACAGCUAAUGGUGGUGAAUCAAAGACCACAGCCAUGCCGCCUGCUAGCGUUAUGACCCGACUCAUUCUUAUUAUGGUUUGGCGAAAACUGAUUAGGAACCCAAACACUUACUCCAGCCUCAUUGGCCUCACCUGGUCUCUGGUCUCCUACAAGUGGCACAUUGUUAUGCCUGCAAUUGUAGCCCGUUCGAUAGCCAUUCUGUCUGAUGCAGGUCUUGGAAUGGCCAUGUUUAGUCUUGGCUUGUUCAUGGCUUUACAACCACGGAUGAUUGCUUGCGGAAAUACAGUUGCUUCCUUUGCUAUGGCAGUUCGAUUCCUCACUGGGCCGGCUGUCAUGGCAGCGGCCUCAAUUGCUGUUGGACUGCGAGGUGUUUUGUUGCACAUUGCCAUUGUACAGGCAGCUCUUCCACAAGGGAUUGUUCCGUUUGUCUUUGCCAAGGAAUACAAUGUUCAUCCUGACAUACUAAGCACCGGGGUUAUCUUCGGAAUGCUAAUCGCUCUUCCGAUCACAUUGGUUUACUACAUCUUGCUAGGGCUUUGAAACGGAGAACCUCUGUUAACUUGUUGAGCAAACAUAAUGUAGGAGUUUACCCUUUUGGCAUUAGGUUUUUUUGUUUUUGGCUCUCCUUACACAAGAAGAACAUAGAUUUUCAAAAGGUAGAGAGAGAGAGAGAGAGAGAGAGAGAGAGAGAGAAACAGGUUCUCUUCACACAAGGUUUUAGAAUUUGGCUACUUUUGUUGGAACUUUGCCUUUUUCUAUGAACCCUUCCUUUCUUUUGUGCCUCUUUUGAUGAAGUGAAGCUUGUUUCUAGCUCUCUCUCUCUCUCCCCCCUACGUUUAACCUUUUCAUCGAAGGGGAUUUUAACUCGAUUGGGAUCUCUAUGCAAUGCACUGCAGCAAGAUAUUUAAAGCCGUUGCAACCAAACAGUGGACUGGAUGGCUUGAAAAAAGAAGCAAGCACUUGUAUUAAAAAUAUCUGUUUCCCACUCAUUUAACAAGCACAUUAAUGUUUUCACCAGCUGUUUGAACUUCA